GAAGUAAUUUAGAGUUUCAAAAUAAAAGCGGAACAAGAUAACAUUAGACAAUUAUUAUUCUACUACAUACAUCUAAUAUCCAUGAAAUCCAUGCGGUAGACGGUACCAUGAUGGCAUGCAAAGAGUUAGAAGAAAAGUGUUUAAACCCUGCACUCGACUUCGACUAGUUUAGAUCGAAUUGACAUAAUAUUAGUUAAUCUAUGACAGUGCAUCCAUUUCAUGAGCUUACGUAAUGUUUUCAUUCGCAGAAGAUCAGCUAGAUAAAUGCAGUCUAAAAAAGAACAACACAUUUUCUUAUCUCUCUAACCACAUAAACCAAAUGGUUUAAUUUUGAAAAAAACAGUAUCCUUCUCACGUUAGCUGCGUCAUUUACGCGCCUGUGUGAUCUCAGCACAUGCGCCGCUAUGUUUUGAAAAGCCGGGGCAGGCUAAGCUGCUUGCUAUGGUUAGCUUCCCGUUUGCACAGAUUUCUAUACAUGUGUUCAUGAUUCAUCCAAUAUAAGAGCAAAAUGAAAACAUGCCAAAGUCUCUGAAGAAGUCCUGCACCACUCAGACCUCCAUUAGCAAGUACUUCGGAGGUCCGAGCAGCAGCAGUCCCUCAAACACUCAGUCUGGGAUUAACCAAAAUCCUGCUCAGCUUUCGAGAGGCAAGAAGAAACUUUCCUCUGAUAAUGCUUUUGGAUUGCCAACAAAACGAGCCAAGCUUUCUGUACAAGACCAGCAGGUGGAGGAUUUAGACUGUGAGCCUGCAUCCUGUCAGAGCACUAAAGAGACAACGCUAAGAUCGAGCCGAGGAGCAGCCGGCCUCUGCUCCUCCACCUUAGAGAAGCUGAAAGGCUUCACCUGCUCGGCUGAACCCAUUGAUACCGCUAGCAGUAAAAUCUGUGAUAAAGGAAGCAUCGAAGGAAGCCAUGAAAACAGUCUUCAGCAGACAGCGGAGGGUAAUGAGGAUGAAGAGGAGGAGGUCAAAGAAAAGGAGAGUUCAAGGCUGGCCGCUACAAAACAGGCGUUCCGCUUGUCUCAAUUUGCCAAGUCAGGCGGAGGAGCAGGAAGAGGAAGAGGAAAAAGGAGUGCAGAACGUAGUCCCCCGUUAGACUCAAGCGCACCGUCCGGGCACUCAAAGAGCAUAUACACUCCCCUGGAACAGCAGGUCAUCCAGCUGAAACAGCAGCAUAAGGAUGCAUUGUUGGCUGUGGAGUGUGGUUACAAGUACAGGUUCUUUGGAGAGGAUGCAGAGGUUGCUGCGAAGGAGCUGAAUAUCGUCUGUCACCUGGAUCAUAACUUCAUGACGUGCAGCAUCCCCACACACCGUCUGUUUGUUCACGUCAGGCGGUUGGUGUCCCACGGACACAAGGUUGGCGUGGUUAAGCAGACAGAGACGUCUGCGAUCAAGGCCUCAGGGGCCAAUAAGAACGCUCUGUUCACUCGUCAGCUGUGUGCUCUGUACACCAAGUCCACUCUGGUGGGAGAGGAUGUGAACCCGGUCUGCAGACUGGGGGAUGUGGAGGAGGGGGGCUGUGGUGACGUGGUGUUGGACCCUCCUGACAGCUUCCUGCUGUGUAUCAGUGAGAGUUGGGAUAAACUGAAGAAGCAGCUCACUGUGGGGCUGGUGGCGGUUCAGCCCAGCACAGGAGACGUGUUACUGGACUGUUUCCCUGAUGGUCAGUCUCGCUCUGAGCUGGAGGGUCGUGUCCUACAGAUUAACCCUGUGGAGAUCCUUGUGCCCUCUGACCUCUCUGAAGAAACCCACAGACUCCUGCAGAGCAUCGCCAGUGCCAGCGCUCAGGCUGAUGACCAAGUGAGAAUUGAGAAGAGGGAAAGCGCUCAGUUUGAGUUUGCCUCUGCAAUGAACACAGCCACCGAGUUCUACUGCCACACCCAGGAGAAAGGCUCUCGCUCUCUGUCGAGUGUAGCUUCCCUGGAGAGCCAAGUGAUCUGCUGUCUGGGGCCGCUCAUCCAGUACCUCCAAGAAUUCAACUUAGAAAGAGUUCUUAGGAGUGAAAGCUCAUUCCGGCGUCUGUCCUGUGAGUCUGAGUUUAUGAUCGUCAGUGCUGCCACCCUCAGGAAUCUGGACAUCCUCAACAAUCAGACAGAUGGUGGUGUGAAGGGCAGUCUGUUGUGGGUGUUAGACCACACUCGCACUCCGUUUGGAAGGAGACUGAUGAGGAAGUGGGUGAGCCAGCCCCUCACUGACCCGCAGUCUAUCUCAGAGAGGCAGGAUGCUGUGCAGGAGAUCCUAGAGUCGCACUCUCUCACUUUAAAUUCUAUCAAAUCCCUGCUGUCGCAUUUACCCGACCUGGAGAGAGGCAUCUGCAGCAUAUACCACAAAAAGUCUUCCACGCAGGAGUUUUACCUGAUUAACAGCAGUCUGUCUCGCCUGGGAAAUGAACUGCAGGCCUUGCUCCCAGCUAUCCAGUCACAGAUCAGCUCUGCGCUGCUCCGAGGCCUCUUGUUUGACACUCCUGAUCUGCUGGCUCCAGCCCACAGCCACCUCAAGGUGCUCAAUGAGAAGGCAGCCAAGUCGGGAAACAAGACAGAGCUAUUCUCAGAUCUGUCCGGCUUCCCGGUGCUGCAGGAAAGGAGGGAGCAGAUCCAGACUGUCAUCGAUGAGAUUCAAGACCACCGCGAAGAAGUCCAACAGACACUGAAGGCCCCAGCACUCGACUACACAACUGUCUCUGGACAGGAGUUUCUGAUUGAGGUGAAGAACUCGCUGACAUCCGCCGUUCCACCUGACUGGGUCAAAAUCAGCAGCACCAAGGCAGUCAGCAGGUAUCACUCUCCUUUCCUGGUGGAGCGCUACAAGAAGCUGCUGCAGCUCCGAGAGCAGCUUCUGUUGGACUGCCAGAGGGAGUGGACCAAUUUUCUCGAUCAGUUUGGGGAGCACUAUCACACCAUAAAAAGGGCUAUUAGUCACCUAGCAACCAUGGACUGUCUCUUUUCAUUGGCUGAGGUGGCUAAACAAGGGGACUAUUGCAGGCCAGAGGUGUGUGUAGGUCAGCGUCAGAUUAUGAUCAGGGACGGCAGACACCCCGCCAUCGACGUACUGAUGGGAGAGCACAACCAGUAUGUGCCCAACCUCACUGAACUACAGGGUGAUGGCAGGAGAACUAUGAUAAUCACUGGUCCUAAUAUGGGGGGUAAGAGCUCCUACAUCCGCCAGGUGGCUCUGAUCUGUGUUAUGGCUCAGAUGGGCUCCUACGUCCCGGCCUCUGAGGCCCGCCUGGGCGUGCUGGAUGGCAUUUAUACCAGGAUGGGGGCUACAGACAACAUCUACAAAGGGCGUAGUACGUUCAUGGAAGAGCUGACUGAAGCCUCUGAGAUAAUUUUUCGUGCAACCGAACGUUCAUUGGUCAUCCUUGAUGAACUGGGACGGGGCACGAGCACCCAUGAUGGGAUUGCCAUCGCCCAUGCCACCCUGGAGUACUUCAUCAGAGAUAGACGUCUUCGACUGUCGGAGACAGCAGUGAGCGACUGCAGUGGAAACAUUCCUUCCUGCAGCUGUGCUUCUUUCUACCCCUUCAUCCAGUGUAAACAUAAUGUGAAAGCCCUCACCCUGUUCGUGACCCAUUAUCCUCCUCUGUGUGAGUUGGAGCAGGUGUAUCCUGAACAUGUGUCUAACUACCACAUGGCUUUCCUACUCAAUGAACCUGACAUCGCCACUGACGCUGAAGAUGGAGAGGUUCAGCCAGAGUCCAUCACUUUCCUCUACCAGUUAACUGAAGGCGCUGCAGGGCGGAGCUACGGCCUGAAUGUGGCCCGAUUGGCUGACAUUCCAGACCCUAUAAUACACACUGCUGCACGCAAAGCCCGAGAGCUGGAGAGCAGGGUCAACGCCAGGAGGAAGAAUAAAAAACUUCUCUCAGAUCUUUGGAGCAUCUCAGACAGAUCAUCUCUCAUGGCGUGGCUGCGGUCAAACUCUUGACAUUGCUGCCACAGUUGUCAACACCAUCAGAACACACACAUGAAGAAGAGAGGAUCCAGCUAUCAGUAAAUAAGCAUGUUCAAAGAACAAUAUGCUGUACAAGGAAGUACAGAAGUAAAUCUUGUUUCAGAAAAAACUCAA